CUCAGCCCUACUCUUGCCAUCUCUCUCUGAUGCAAAUGGCGGUAAAGUCGUAGGCGUUAUUUGCGUCGCAAUCAGCGUUGCACACAUUGUCCUUCCACUAUUGUUUGGCAUUAUUAUUGCUUUAUUAUUCCUUCUACUACGAUGAUGAUGAUCUCCUGCUUCUGGUUACAUCCGCAGCGGGCAAGGCCGAACGCGAGAUGCAAGCGCAUCCCGGCGUUCGGAGAAUGGAACCACCACGGCGGCGGUGGCGGCGGCGGCAGCUGGCCGGCGGCGACCGUCACCCCAUUCUUCGACCUCGCCGCGGUGCACGGAACACCCAACAAAACGGAGAGAUGGGACGGCGAUAGCGUCACAGCGGCGAAGCUGCCCACGGCGGAGCCGCGUGGGAGGGGCCGGAGCAAGGUGGCCGACUCCGGGGCCUACGCAGCGAGGAGGUCCUGCUUCACUGUGGCCAAACCCGUCGACGAUGACCUCUACGGGAUCCCACCUGACAUGGUCUAUAAAAAUGCAUCAAGGAAGGCUGGUGGGUGGCUGAGGAUCCUGCUGAUGCGCUACUGCUGCUGCUUGUGUCCAAGGGGAUCCUGCUGAUGCUGCUUGAUGAUGACAGGACAUAACCGAGCAUCGCUCUGCGCAUGGUGCUCACGGGGUACGCGUACAACACAGGGCUAAUCACGGCUCGCGCUUUUGAGCUCCUCCCACCCUGACACGAGAUGUCUCUCGACUUUUGGUGCGUCUCUUGAUUGAUGGACAGGCACGCAACGUGACGUGCCGGCCUUCCAUGAAUUUGUGCGUAGGUGUGUGAGUGUGUGACGCAUGCAAUGGUCGGCAGGAUGGUAAUACGCGUGCUCAGUGCUGAUCAGUGACUCUUAAUAAGCUACUCCCUCCGUUACAAACG